AUGGAGCCUAUUUCACAGGUGUCAUUGUCAGAAGAGAAGCAGAGACUUCAGAAGCAAGAGGCCGACGCUACAGUCUACUUGAAUUUCAUGAAAAGUCACCGUUGCUACGAUGCCAUUCCAACCAGCUGUAAACUGGUCAUAUUUGAUACCACAUUACAAGUAAAAAAAGGCUUUUUUGCACUGGUUGCAAAUGGGUUGAGGGCAGCACCAUUAUGGGACAGCAAAUUGCAGCGAUUUGUGGGUAUGCUGACAAUAACAGAUUUCAUCAACAUCCUCCAUUGCUAUUACAAGUCUCCUCUGGUCCAAAUGUAUGGUUUGGAGAACCACAAGAUCGAAACAUGGAGAGGUGAUUCACUUCGAAAUGUCUACUUGCAGUAUCCCAAUCCAUUCCUCAUUAGUAUUUCUCCAGAGGCCAGCCUCUUUGACGCCAUCUAUUCUUUACUAAGACACAAGAUCCACAGGCUGCCUGUGAUCGAUCCGGAGUCUGGGAAUGUCCUGCACAUUCUGACCCACAAAAGGAUCCUCAAGUUCCUCCAUAUAUUUGGGAAAAAGCUCCCCAGGCCGGCAUUUAUCCAGAGGCAGAUCCAGGAGCUGGGAAUAGGAACUUUCAGGAACAUUGCGACCGUCCAGGAAACGGCGUCACUUUAUGAGGCCCUCUCCAUAUUUGUGGAGAGGCGGGUGUCGGCCCUCCCAGUGGUGGAUGAACAAGGUAAAGUGAUGGCCCUCUACUCAAGAUUUGAUGUCAUUAAUCUUGCCGCUCAGAAAACGUACAACAAUCUGGACAUGACGAUGCGGGAGGCGGUUCGCAGGCGCUCGUGCUACAUUGAGGGUGUGAUAAAGUGCCAUCUCGAUGAAACUUUGGAAACCAUCAUUGACCGAAUAGUCACUGCAGAGGUCCAUCGGCUGGUCCUGGUGGACAGGGCUGAUGUGGUAAAGGGCAUCAUUUCACUGUCGGACCUGCUGCAGGCCAUGGUCUUAACCCCUGCUGGGAUCGAUACCCUUCUGUCCUAG